AUGUCUCUGAGGAUAAAAUCAGUGGUAGAUAGGUUUGUCCAAGAGCUGAAGGAGGCUCUUGAGGCAGACAUACAGGAUAGAAUCAUGAAGGAGAGAGAAAUGCAGAGCUACAUUGAAGAGAGAGAACGUGAGGUUGCCGAGCGUGAAGCUGCCUGGAAAGCCGAGCUCUCACGCCGUGAGGCAGAGAUUGCUCGGCAGGAAGCCAGGUUAAAGAUUGAACGAGAAAAUCUCGAGAAAGAGAAAAGUGUGCUCAUGGGGACCGCUUCAAAUCAAGACAAUCAAGAUGGAGCCCUUGAGAUUACUGUUAGUGGCGAAAAAUACCGCUGCUUGAGGCUGUGCGCGGGUCGCUGGCGUGCGGAGGCGGCGCGCGGGAUCCUCCGGUGCGUGGGCGCUGGCUUUCAUAAGCCGAUGCGGAAAUCGUAG